CAGAGACAAAAACACGAGGGUGCUGAAGUGCCACGUGUUCCGAUGUGAUACUCCUGCUGCAGCCAUCGCCACAAGUCUCCACGAAAUCUGCUCCAAGAUUAUGGCUGAAAGGAAAAGUGCCAAGGCUGCAGCUGGCAGCUCCUCCCAGAACGGCUCCGAUGUACCCCUACAAGAGUUUCCCAUGCCAAAGACUGAGUUGGUGCAGAAGUUUCAUGUGCUGUAUCUGGGGAUGACAUCUGUUUCUCGACCUAUAGGUAUGGACAUCAUAAAUGGGGCCAUAGACAGCCUCCUGUCCUCCACAGGCAAAGAGGACUGGACUCCUGUCAUACUGAGUAUUGCUGACACCACCGUGGCUGUCAUCAAAGAAAAGGAGGAGGAGGAGGAGGUGCUGGUGGAGUGUCGUGUCCGUUUUUUGUCCUUCAUGGGUGUCGGACGGGAUGUGCAUACAUUUGCCUUCAUUAUGGACACAGGGAACCAGCAUUUCCAGUGUCAUGUGUUCUGGUGCGACCCCAAUGCUGGCAGCGUGUCUGAGGCUGUGCAGGCAGCUUGUGUGCUCCGGUACCAGAAGUGUCUGGUGGCACGGCCGCCCUCCCAGCGUGCUGGCUCUUCCACCUCGCCCUCUGCAGACUCAGUGACCCGGCGGGUGACCACCAGCGUGAAACGCGGCGUCCAGUCUCUCAUAGACACUCUGAAAACCAAGAAACAGCCGUCAGAACUCCCCCAGCAAUGACCGUCACCACUGACCACUGCACCCCCCACGCCUCCCCCCAGCCUGGAAGCCACUCACACUAUCGCCACAACAACACUUAAUCAGUACCAGCCAUGGUAACCAAUGAUGUAUAUACAGUAUAACAAACAUCACUGCAGUUAAAGGAAAGAAGAGCAACCCUCAAAUAUGCCUGAUGAUAAAAAAGAAAAAACAAGAGCGCUCAUCUGUUUCGUGUGAAGGAUUGGGAGAAAACUGGUGUCACUGGUUGAACUUUGACCUUUGAACGCUGCUUUGUCCAAGUGGAACCGACCUCCUGGACGUGGAUUUCCGAGGUAGAUGGAUUACUUGAUGGCACACUCUACAAACAGGACACAGGAUUAUACAGAAGAAGAAAAAAAAAAUCUAAUUUCUAUUUAUGGACUGGUUAUGGAGUCACUCAUUGGUUUACUCACUUUUCUUUCCAUCUCUGUCCCCUUCUGAACUCCUGGACUGGAUGGGCUACAGCAGCCUUCCAGGACGAAAAAAAAAAAAAGGUGUUGUCUUGCUGUCAUGGGCAUUUGACAGGUGAAUGAGAAAAGCAACCAAGAGCAGACAGACAGUCAACAGCCUGCAGCUGCCCACCCAAUGGCAUAAAAAUGUUUCAAUCCCUUCGACGUGUGACAGACUUGAACAAGACAAAAACUUAACAUCUCCUUUAUUGAAGAUUUAAGUGAUUGUAAUAAUGAAGUGUAUGUAAAUGAUUGUAUGUAGGAAGAGAGAAUCUAGGGCACAAAACCUGUAGAUAUGAGGGAAAGGUGAGAUGUUGGCGACAGAAACUGGGACAGAAGUGGGGUUUGAUUUUGCAUGUUUUCUUGAUGGGGUAUGUUUUUUGUUGAUGAGUUAAGGGUCUUGAUAUGAAGACAGGUGAACACAAAAAAUAGAUGCUGUCAGCACAAGUCAUCUCCACUUAAUCAUGACUGGAUUUACACUGGCACACAAACAUCUGGCCUAUUCCUCACCCCUGCCUACCGAGAAGGCAAGUCUCUACGCCAUUUACGAAAAUACAAUUUAGAAUCAUCAAUCAGUCCCUUCUCUAAUGGGCGGGUAGAUCAGCAAAAAGAAAGUUAAACAUUUUUAAUGUGUUUUCAAGCUUUAAAUGAGUUAAGAUUGUAACUUUUCCUUUGCAUAUAUUGUAGAAAAAAUGACUUUAAAACAUCAAGAAUGUUGCAUUGCUUCUGUUCAAACUUUACAAAUUCCUCAGGAAUCUUUAUGCAGAUAUCCAAGAUUUAUGUUAAAGCGAGAAAUUCCAAAUCUAGGCUUUGACUAUGGCAGAUGCAAAGCACCCGUGGCUGUAUGAACAGCAGUGCACAGUAGUGUUCGCCGUGCUCGGAUGACACGGAAAAGAUCAAAUCUGUGCCAUACACUAAGGAUUACCUUUUUUUCUUUCUUUUCCUAAGUAAACCCAGCCAGUGUACUCCCACUCACAUACAAAAUAUACACACACAAAUAUGCACAUAGAGCAGUAAAAAAAAAAAAAGUCACUGUCACUGCUGUCAAAACUUUUUACAAUGCUCCGAUGGCUCGGGGCCAUCACCUGCACUCAAUAUGAACUCUGUGAAUGCAGUUUGAUCUAAAUGGAAAACACUCAAAACAAAGGAGAGAUUCUAUAAAUCAUUUCAUUUCUGUUCGUCACCCAUCUCUACACCGUGUAAAUGUAAUCUGUUGUGACAAUAAAUGCAUUACCAAAAGGAAAAA